CUCUGUUCAAUUAAGCCUAUUAAAAACCCAAAAACCUAAAUUCACGAAACCAAAAUAGAAGAAAGCAUCCCUGCUGGCUGACCCCCGUGCUUCACCUCCGUCGCCCGUCGGCCGUUCCCCCUGCUGGUGCCAGCUUUACAUUUCUUCUCUGUCCACCGGCUUCCGCCUCUACUCCUCAUCUUUCGGCUGCCGCCACCGUCCGUCACUCUCUCGACGUAGAAAAAGAAAUGGGAGGUCCUUCACGGCAGUGUCAAGUUUGCAACCAAACUCAAUCCAAAUACAAGUGCCCAUCUUGUCUUGUUCCUUACUGUUCUCUGGCAUGUUUCAAGACACACAAAGAAACUCCCUGCGAGAAGUUGGAAUCCGUAAAAGAAAAAUCUGGAACCCCCAGUGUGAAUUCGGGGUCCAUCGAUAAUGCUGUAACAACUAGUGUCAAGCCGGAGUCCACCAAUGAUGCAGUACCCCCCAGUGUCGAGCCGAAAUCAUCUGAAGGAAGACCCACUGCUAGUCGAGAAUUUCUGGUGGGGAGGAAACUAGAAGUUGAGGACCCAAGUGAAGUGCUACAAAUUAUGCAGAUGCAGGCUAUUGCUUCUUCCGAUGACAUCCGUGAAGCCUUGAAGGAUGAACAUCUUCAAAAACUUAUCUCUGAUAUCAAUAGCUCCCCAGAUGCAUUGAAUGAACUCGACAAAGCUAUGGGACUGGAUGUUUUUCGCAUUUUCAGCGAUAAGAUUUUAUCCGCAAUCAAUCAAUGACCACAUAUCAUAAGGCCUCUGAAGUUCUUUCUCCGAAUACAUUGAUGCCAAUAUAUAUUUAUGUCCAAGGUUUGCUGCUGUCUGAGCCUGGUCGGCGGUCGAUGUUUCUGUAAGUUUAGUAUUUUGGUUAAUCGGAGGGUAAAUUUUGUGCCCGGUUUUAUCUCACUUAAGGUCGGUUUUGAUUUGCAAGAAUGCGGUCUUUAAUGAUUAUUGUGAAGCUUUACGAGAUACGAUCUUCCAGAUAUAAGUAAAAGUUUAUUGUUCUAAAGCCGGCAAUCCAUUAAAAUAGAGCUUAAAUCCUUCAAGGAGGGUCUAUUACUGUCAUAAUUUGUAACACUAGAACCCCAAGCUCAAUUUGCACUGAUUUUCUUUUAAAAGAAAAAGAUUAUAUAUGAUUAGAGAACGUAAAUCAUGUCAACA